UUCCUUGCGAAUAGCAUGGACACUAUCUGGCUCCGGGUAUCAUACACACUGGAAUAAAUUUGCGUUUCCCUGGCAAUUCUGGCUAACAUUCGUCCAAGCUGUUUCAUUUUCAAGUCGGCAACGUAACUUUUUACGGAUGAUGCGUUUGUGAUUGCGCCGUCAAAGGAGCAAAAUAAUCCCUUUCGUUGACCUCCGGCAUUUUCCUGCCACCGGCAACCACAGCCAAGAUGGCAGCCGUUGUCGCCAAGCGAGAGGGGCCACAGUUCAUCAGCGAAGUGGCCAUGAGGGGCAACGCCGCCGUGCUGGACUAUUGCCGUACCUCCGUGUCAGCGCUGUCCGGAGCUACAGCUGGUAUCCUGGGUUUGACGGGACUGUAUGGCUUCGUUUUUUACGUUUUGUCCUCGUUCCUCUUGUCUCUGCUGCUCAUUCUCAAGGCUGGGCGGCGAUGGAACAAAUGCUUCAAGUCCAGGCGGCUACUCUUCACUGGGGGCCUCGUUGGAGGUCUUUUCACCUACGUCCUGUUCUGGACUUUCCUUUAUGGAAUGGUGCACGUAUACUAAACCCGUCCCCUUGCUCCUGAACUAAUUCAACUUGAUUUGAUCUGUAGAUGAGCCAGAAUAGUUAGAAUUGUAUUCCACUAUGACCUGCUGAUAUAAGAGGGAGCGUGUUAAUAAUUCCAAUUGUCCUCCCACACUUGCUACUACUCGCAGUGCCCGUAACUUUUAUUUUUGUGUGGUUAUAGUGUUACAUCUACGGAGCACACCACCUUCAUCUACACUUAAUGUGCAGUACUGAUGUUAGAUACAUAAAAUGUGAUUACUAAUUGAAAUAAAUACCUCUCAACAA